AUGGCUGCUGCUGGGUUAAAUCGUAAGCUCCAACUUGCUGAAUUGGAAGAGUUGCGCAAUGAAGCGUAUGAGAGUGCGUGUAUAUAUAAGGAUAGGACUAAGGCAUUUCAUGAUAAACACAUUGUUAGAAAGUCCUUUGAAGUUGGUCAAAAAGUGUGGCUCUUUAAUUCUAGACUUAAACUUUUUCCGGGCAAGUUGAGGUCACGAGUUGUAGAGAUUAAGGAUCCACGUGUUGGUAAUGUUUUCAAGAUCAAUGGCCAAUUGCUUAAACCUUACGUGGCAGAAAUUGGUGAUGGCGUGGUGGAUGGUGCCACGGUGGAGUCCAUUACUUUGAUGGACCCAAUUUAUACAGCUUAG